UUUUGUCUGAGGCUGUGUUCUCCCUCCCAUCCUGUUUCCUCCCCAGGCCCUUCUCCUCCCUCCCACAGCCAGCCCUCCACACCAGAGCAGUGGUCAGUGGUCAGCAUCUCAGAGACACCUUCUGCCUCCCCAUCUCCAGGGAUCCAGCUCUGUGUCCGGCAUCUAAAGUCCAUGUGAAAAGCUUCAAGCCAAGCAACAUGUCCAGGUCCGAUGAGGUGAACAGACUGACAGAGAAUGUAUACAGAGUUAUAUUAGAUCAAUUCAACCCAAGUCUUAAGAACUUUGUCACAAUGGGGAAACAUUAUGAGAAAGCACUUUCAGGUGUUACUGUAGCGGCAAAAGGCUAUUUUGAUGCCCUGGUGAAGCUAGGGGAACUUGCCAGCAUCAGCCAAGGGUCUAAGGAGCUGGGUGAUACUUUAUUUCAAAUGGCUGAAGUCCAUCGGCAAAUCCAAGUCCAGCUGGAGGAAGUGCUUAAACUUUUCCACUCCGAACUCCUGGCUCAACUGGAACACAAGCUGGAGCUGGACAUUAAGUAUUUAACCGCGACACUGAAAAAAUAUCAAGUUGAGCAUCGUUCCAAGUCAGAGUCUAUUGAAAAAUGUCAGUCUGAGCUGAAGAAACUGAGGAAGAAAUGUCAAAAUAGCAAAAACCCCCAGAAAUAUGGAGACAGAGAGGUGCAGUAUGUUGAGAUCAUGAGCACCAAACAGUGUGAGUUGGACCAGUUUGUGGCAGAAGGGUAUAAGGCAGCGCUCACAGAAGAACGGAGAAGAUACUCUUUUCUGGUGGACCGUCAGUGUGCUGUAUCCAAACACUUCAGUGCCUACCACACCAAGGUGAAGGAGUUGUUAAGUGCCAAGCUCCCGUCAUGGCAGCAGACUUGUACUCAGCCCACUAAACUUCCAGAGCGUGCACUGAUGCUUGUGAAACAAACUGCUAAUGCUUCCACUGAGCCGGUCAUCUCAGAUCCAGUGCCAAGCACAAAACCACUAGAUGUUCCUCCUGAACUUGCGCCCCUUCUAGGGGGAGGACUGUCUAUGAAUCAUCGGAUGUCUGUACAAGAGGUUCUUCCCAUACCUAAUGGAGAGAGCCAUCGAGCAAAAGGACCCCGGGAAAUAGGAAACCCUGUUCAUUUAGAUCCAAUACCAUCCAAUCAAGUGAUUCCACCACAUCCAUCAACACCAACUUCAGCUACGCCUCCAACCCCUAAAGCCAAUGAAUUGUAUUCAUGUACUCUACCAAUACCACGCAAGCCAGCCUCUGAGAACAGACUGGCAACGUUAGUUGAAAAUAAAACUCUACCUCGGAUCAGUCCGCUAUCUGUUUUGCCCCCUCGAGUGGAACGACGCAGAGUCCAGGCUGUCUUUUCUCACACCGCGGGGGAGAACAGCACUUUACUCAACUUCCAGGAGGGCGACGUUAUCCUUUUGUUGGUACCAGAGGCCAGAGAUGGCUGGCACUAUGGAGAGAAUGAAUCCACCAAAAUGAAAGGAUGGUUCCCAUUUUCCUACACUCGGCCUCUUCCACCCGCAGAUAACACAGAUAAACAUGGCUCAAAUUUUCCGCUUAGUAAAUUAAACAGUAGCAGCACUGGAAAUCUGGAUAAAGUUGGUGUGUCCAUUCCUGAGUGUGAAAGUGUCCGGAUAGAAGCGGUCAGAUAUACACCCUCACCUCGCACAAGCACCUUCCGCCAGCGGCCGUACAGCAUGAUCAGUCCUGACCUAGUGCAAUUAGCAAAUGAAUUUGGAAGCCCAGCACCAUCUCCUUCCAGGACCAACCCCUUUGCUCAUGUUAAACUGAAGCGAACAGUUACUAACGAUCGUUCAGCCCCUGUCAUUCAGUGACCUUGUGAUGUCCUUCAAGAAGAUGCUGCUUCAGGAACACUUUAUAGAAGACAUUUGUUUCUUCAGAUCUCUUCCAUAGACUGGAAAGGCCUGAUGUAAAUAAAACUAUGAUGCUUGGUCUUUUCUGAAACCAGCAAACAAUAUAACUAUGGAAAUAUUCUGUUUACAGCAGUUAUGAGAAAUUUCCCAGCAAUGUCUGUGUUGACUUUACCGUCAGAUGCAUGGUAGCACGCGUUUCGGUGAACACACUGUCAGCUGAAAGUAUUCAUGACCUCAGCAGUAUUAUACAAAUGGUGACCUUCUCUGAUCAUAUGACCAGAGUGUAGAUUAGCCAUGCAUUCUUAAGAUUGCUUCAUGUGGCUUGGAAAUGGGUUACCUGUAAGAGAUGCCUAGACACAUGAGUACGGGCAUCAAGUUGGCAUUCUGAAGGCGUAACUACACUACAAAGCUCAACAGAACUGUCAGAAAAAGAAAUAAUAGACAAGAUUAAGGUUGGAGUUCAAGAAGGAGUGGUCGCUUUCUCUGUCUUUGCUCUUUUGCCGCUCUCAUACUAUCUGUAAAAGAUGAAAUUCCAAUUCUGAAUACAUCUGUAACAUAUAUAGGUAUUUAAAUUGUGUUUAGUGUGCCAUAUGAAUGUAGCACAAUGGGGCAGAUUUGCUAAUUCUGUUUAAAAUGUAGAGUGGCUCAGGCUGUCUUAUAAAUUUGGGGCCUGGAUAGACACUUUUUAUUUGUACACCAACCACUGGUUAACUUAGUCUGCACCAAAAUUUUGGUGCAUGUUAUUUUAUUUUAUGAGGGUUUUCCAGAAAUUUAAUACCGAUGGCUUAUUUUCAGAAUAGGUCAGCUGUUUGAAGAGCUCGUGGCACUCCAAUGAGAGCUUCAGCCUCCACACAGGUCACCAAACACAGUGACGAACAUUGUAUAGUGGUUGUGCUUGGUAUUGCAGUCCAGGCCCAUUAACUUGAAUGGGACUGAGCUGCAUAAAGACCAUGUGACCAAUGAAUGUGACAUCACUGGAGUGCCACAGCUACUUGGAAGGGUUGCCAGAAGUUGGAUCCCAUCAAUAACAUAGUGAUGACCUAUCGUGAUAUUGAACUCACAGAAAACCCUUUAAGCUAUGCCCCUAUCUGCCAAGACAUGGCCUCUUUUGAACUGGAAAACUGAAACAGGGAGGCUAGGGGCAGUGGAUUAUUCUUUCUUGUGCAUUUGCUUCAUAAAUUUAUCUAAAAGGUGAUCAGAAAUGUGCCCAAAUUGUGCUCUAUUUUCGACAAGGUCUAGAAGCAAUUACAUUAGUAAAUCUGCCCUGAUAUUUUUUCAAGAUGGUUGUGUAUGUGCCAAACUUAAGGUAACAGGAGUCAAAAAUGAAAGACGUGAACGCGAUGUCCAUGGAAAGUAAAAGGAAGUUGAAGAAAGCGUGGGGAGGGAUAUCAAGUUAUUAAAAGAAGACUAAAUAGAAAGUGAAUUGAAAGUAAAACAGUCAACAGGGCAGGAUUCAUAGGCACACAUGGAAGUAGGUGUUAAUGAGAAAGUGGUGUUUCUGCCUUAGGCUGGGCAUACAUCUGAGAGUUAUACCAAGGUAUAUGAUGGAAACCAUCUAUAUUCUAUAUAACUAAGGCAGCAGAAGACAACCAGGGCUCUCCAGAAAUACAAGCUUCAGUAGAUCUCCCUGGUCAACACUGACAUUGUAUGUUGGGAAAUGGCAUGAGGUGCAGUAUAGGCUUGGAGAUAAUGAGAGCCAUGUCUAAAGAAGCAUAUAUACCCCGAUUCUACUGGUCUACUGUCAGGUGAUUUUUAGACAUAAGACUUAUCUCUAUGUACUAAACAAUGUCCUCACAGCUAUGGACGCUCUAUGUUGUUGACUACAUGUAUUAUAUAAUAUCCUGCUCUUGGAUAUUGAAUAUAUUGAAAUGUUUUUGAAGGCAUAUGGAAAGUGUGAGAAACAUGGUAAAUGUUAUGUGUUCAUGGUUUCUCUAUAUGAUGGGGUACUUUAAUAAUGUCCUUAAUGGGAGAAACCAAUGUCUUAUGUACUUUCAUUGGGAAAGAUCAAUAAAGAAAAGCUUACUACAGGUAGCCAACCUGUGGAUAUUUGAAGAGGUUGACAUGUUUAGAAAAGUAUCACAUUAGGAAAUUCUGAAAGAUUCUUUCUCUCUCUCCCUCCCUGGGCGGAACCAAUUUGCUCAUCCUUAAUGUCAAUACAUUACAUAGACAGCCAAUUCAUUCUAACUGUGAUGGUGCUGCAUGGAAAGUGAACAUUGCUGCCAGAUUUUUUCACAGCUUUUGGCUGAUCAGUGGGGACCAAGUGAAGGAAUAAUCUGGGAUACUGAUUGUUGGGGGCCCAUCUAACAAAACAGGAUUUUCGAAAAGCAGACAACUCCUUUAAAGGGAGCCUGUCAACUAGUUUGGGGCCAGUAAACUGCCAGCAUGCUAUUAUAUAGCUUGGGUUUAGGGUCCCAAACCUUGCCAUAGCAAAGUAAAUGAAAUUUAAGAUGGGUUUGCUAUAGGCACGUUUGGGACUCUAAACCCAAGCUACAUAACAUGCUGGUGGUUUAGUGGCUCCAAACCAGGUGACAGUUUCCUGAUUGAGCAUCAGAGCCUGAGUUGAGAAGAUGAAAGACCAUAAGGUCUUCUGUCUUGUAAUAUAAAGAACAGGCAGGCUUCACUUAUGCCAAUGACCUGUUUUACCAAAAAAUAUUUAAUAGGUAUAGGCAUGAUUUUUAAUUUAAACAGGACCUAAUGAAGAUAGUCCAAUGUUUUCAGAAAAAUAUUUCUUUUUCCUUAAUGUAUAUUUUAGUUUAUUUUAGUUUAGGCCUCAAACCUGUCUAUAAAAAACCCAUCUAUCUCCAUAAAAGAGUAUAAAUGACAUUCAAACUUAUUGGGAGAGUCUGGAAUGCCCCACCAGUGGCAUUGGGCACAUGCACCGAUGAAGGCAGGGAUGGCACACCACGCUUCACUGCACAUGCACGGCUCAACGGGUAUGCACAGUGUGGUGAGGUGUUCCACCAUUGGCUUCAUCGCCAGAAUGUGCAUGUGCCCGAUGCUGCUGAGCCCUGAGUCCUGUACUCUUCUCCAUGGAAAUUUGAAUUUAAUUUACUUAUCUGUGGGGACAGAUGGGUUUGGUAUGGGCAGGUUUGAUACCCUAAACUGCAGCUGCAUAACAGCAUGCUGGUGGUUUGGUGGUCUCAAACCAGGUGCAAGGUGUUAAGAGACUCCAUUGUGCCGUGUGCUAUAUGUUUCUUUAGUUUUCUAGGCACAUUUAUUUAUAUAAAAUAUAUUAUUAUUUCUGAAUCCAAGAUUGAGCAAUGCAUUUGAAGUUAUACCAUAUGAAGUGCCAUUUGUAAUCUUAGAUAUUACUGGAGGACUAAAUGAUACUAGUAGAUUCUGUUUGGACAACGUAUAAAUUAUAAAGUUUGUGACAAGAGAUGUUAUUUUUAUGGCAGCAACCCUUGUAGGUUGAAGAUUAUUCCUGUUAACUUUAUUUUUAGUCAGUCUGGAUCUUAUCAUGCAUAAUAUUGCUACACGUAAUGUGUGGCACAAUGUCAUAAUGAACACAACAAGCAUUGCUCAUACAGGUUUUCCUAGAGAUAAUAAUAAAUCAUUUAUAAAUUGUGACCUUGUGUUGGCUUAUCAAUGACUUUGUUUCUUCAUAAUGAAUAUGUAUGCCAAGAAGAAACUGUACAGUGCCUGUUAGCUUGUUGUAACAUAGUGUAACAUUGUAAUAUACAUUGUACUAUGUUGAAAUAUUUCACUAACUGAGCAAAUAGAUAUUAUAUUAAUCCAGA